AAAACCCAGAUGAGAUUUUGUAGAAAUAUCAAAAAAGUUUUGAUUUUAUGUUAAUCUAAGAAAUACCCAGAAAAACCCAGAUGGGAUUUUGUUGAAAAAUCAAAAAAGGUUUGAUUCUUCUGAAAAUUUGGGUUAGAUUAUAAAAUCCCAAAAAAACCCCAAAUGAGAUUUAGUUAAAAUCUUGAAUCUUUUUUUUUUUUAAAGUUGAAAAUUAAAUAUAAAAAGAAGAGAAGAAGAAGAAAAUGGGGUGUUACUAUUCAAAAUUAGAAAGAAAAGAAAUGGUUUCAAGAUGCAAAGCAAGAAAAAGAUACAUGAAACAAUUUGUAAAAGCAAGACAUGCUUUCUCAGCUUCACAUAGCAUGUAUUUAAAAUCUUUAAGAAAUUCCGGCGCCGCCCUACUGCAGUUCGCCACCGCCGAAUCCCCACUCCAAAACCACCACCCGCCGCCACAAACCACACAUCAACAACCGUCUCCGCCGCUGCCACCACCACCGCCGCCACCAAUGAGUCCAACAUGUGAAACAUGGACAACAACAACAUCAACAACAAACACAUCCUCAACUCCCCUUCCGCCGCCACCGCCGCCGCCGCCAUCAUCCACUUGGGAUUUCUGGGACCCAUUUAUGCAGUCAUCGGAGAGAGUGCGGGAAGAUGAAUGGGAAGAGACAUCAACCACCGCCGCGACGGAAACAGUGGUGACGACCACUGCGGCGAGUGUGGCGGCGCCGCCGUCCGUGGUUAGUGGGUUUUCUAAGAUUACUGUUUCUGAUGCCACACCUAGUGAGAUGCCGGUGGUUGUUUCGACUAAGAGUAAAGAUUUGGUGGAGAUUAUUAAAGAAUUGGAUGAGUAUUUUCUCCGGGCGGCGGAUUCCGGCGGAAAGCUGUCGGCUUUGUUGGAAGUUCCGACUUCUACUUUUCAUGACCAAACAUCCUCUGGUAAACAUAAUGGCUAUGGGAAGAGUUUGAACCCGUUUUUCUGCUCAUGGAACUCAAGCCAGAGGUUCAAUGGCUUCAUGAAUUUUGGUUGCGAUGAAAUGUCUGGGUUUGGUUCUGUCGAUGGUGUAGCAAUCCCUGGUAGUCACUGUUCUACGGUGGAGAGACUGUAUGAAUGGGAGAGGAAGCUAUAUGAGGAGAUUAAGAAUGCCGAGAGUUUAAAGAUUGAGCAUGAGAGGAAGACGGAACAGCUGAGAAAAUUAGAGCUGAAGAGAGGUGAUUACGUGAAGACGGAAAAGGCCAAAAAAGAGGUUGAGAAGUUGGAGUCGAGAAUCACGGUUUCUGCUCAGGCAAUUGAGUCAAUAUCGCAAGAAAUCAUCAAAUUAAGAGAGUCAGAGCUCUAUCCACAGCUUGUUGAGCUUGUUAAAGGAUUAAUGUGUAUGUGGAGAAGCUUAUACGAAAGCCAUCAAGUCCAGACACAUAUAGUUCAGCAACUAAAGUACAUCAACGCUGCUGGCCCAUCAACUGAGGCCACCACCGAGAUCCACCGUCAGUCAACUCUCCAGCUGGAGCUUGAACUUCAACAAUGGCACCUCUCCUUUUGCAAUCUGGUCAAAAGUCAACGAGACUAUAUUCAAUCAUUGACCGGAUGGCUUCGCCUCAGCCUUUUCCAAUUUAGCAAAAACCCAUCGUCCCAAAAUAAACAGGACUCUGCAAUCUACACACUUUGUGAAGAAUGGCAGCUUGCGAUCGAUAAUGCUCCUGAUAAAGUUGCUUCAGAGGGCAUCAAAGCCCUUUUAACUGUUGUUCAUGCUAUAGUGGUCCAACAAAGUGAUGAGCAAAAGCAAAAAAGGAAGUCAGACUCGAUUUUUAAGGAGCUCGAGAAGAAAAUGAUAGAGCUCCGGGCUCUGGAAAGCAAAUAUGGACCAGGUGUAUAUUCAGGACCACUAAGUAAAAAGACGGAUAAGGUGUCUGAUAAACGUGCCAAAGUGGAAGCUUUAAGGGCGAGAGCAGAGGAGGAGAAAGCCAAAUAUGAGAAGUCUAUAGGGGUUACUAGAGCAAUGACAUUAAACAAUCUACAGAUGGGAUUACCACAUGUUUUUCAAGCGGUGACGGGUUUUUCUAACGUGUGGACGCAUGCUUUUGAGUCGGUUUGCAACCAAGCAAAGAUUUUGGAGGAGGUGCAUGAUGUGAAGAGGCUAAUGAACUAGAGCUUGAUUAUUUGGAUGGAAAUGAGCUUUUUGUGAAUAGUAAUAGGAGCAGUGUUUUGGAAGUGUUUCUUUUUUGUUGUAGGAACUUGUGUUAUUUCAUGUUGUUAUUUGUUUGUUUUAAUGGUUCUUAAAUUGUUUGUCAUAGCAAACGUUGUACUGGCAUUUUAAGUUUUCAUUAACAAGUAGGAUUUUCUGCGAAGUGCCCCAUUUAGUGUUGUGGUCCAUUAGUGCAUGGACUCUUUUUGUAUCAAAGAUUUUCACUUUCACAGCUUUUUAAGAUAAAAGUCUUGAUUCAAUGUAAGUUACAUUAAGAUUUUUUAAUCUUGCA